AUGGAGAGACCUGAACAGCCAUCGACUCGAAGUGGCGAAUGCCCUUCUCCUCCCGCUCGAUCAUUGUCUACCGCUGGACAAGACCAAACUUCCCAAGCAUCCAAAGAUUCCAGCCGUGACUCCUACGGCACGUUCUCGGGCGUUGUCAAGGAACAACCCACUUUUGGAAGUCCCGAGGAUAUGAAAUAUCAAUUGAGGAUUUUGCCUCAAAGAGAGACUUCUGAAGGGGCUUCUACGAGACUAUUUGCUCCAUGUACCUCGCCUUCCGAAGUCUCACAAGAUGGAACUUCAUCAUCCGUCGACCCCGGCAAAGAUGAUCUCACUGGAUUGACCUUGCGACCCACUACCAGAUAUACAGCUGCUUCCACCUCCUCAAUUGGCGAUACCAAGUACAUCUUCAACAAGGAGGAAUUAUCAUCCUAUAUGAACACACUGAAAAGACAACUUGGUAAAUUCACUGUAGACAACGAGGCUCGUAAGAAUUCUGUGGAAGGUCUGGUGAGGGACUGUGACGUGAUCACAAAAUCGAUCGGAGAAUCUUCCACAUUUAAAAAAGAGAACCUGGCUCAAUUAUCCGAGUCUUCACAAAACCUUUUGAAGGUGAUCCAAGAUGAAAAGAGUGGUUAUUUCGAAUUUCGAGAUUCGAUCACAUCCCUUCGCAGGAAAGUUGAAGAGCUUGGUUUGACCCCUAGACAAGAAGUAUCACUCAUCAACUUGUCCAAAGAUCGUCCGGAGGGGGAAGGCCCGUGUACAGGCUGUAUAAGUGAUUUCCUAGAUGGACUGGAGAAUAACGAACUUCCCAAUGUUGGUCUUUGUGCAGCAGGGUGCUGUUGGACGAUCUGCGCAGUGAGCUUCUCAGUUGCUUCGGCGCUGUUCGUACUCACGGGCAAAUCAGAAUCCUUUUGGUCUCUCAGGUAG